GAUGCGACAGACCGAACCUGUGACAGCUUUCUGGGUAAACUGUGCGACCCGAUGGCGAGUGCGAGUUGCAGGGAAUGACGCUUUCACCUGCAUUAUUUUUCUAACAACUUUAAUUCCUGAAAGAAAGAAAAACAAUAAAUCAAUCCGCUGUGCACUCGAGCUGUCUGUUUUCCACUUUUUAAUGCAUUUGUGUGAAACCCACACGACAAGCUCUUCGGUUAGCUCGCAGGCUAGCCAGUCUUUGUUCUGUAACGUAACGUUACUCAGACCAGCAGGGUGGCCAUAAAUUAGGAAUCAGCCUUCACUUUUUGCAUGUCGACUUUUGCUACACUUACUUUAUCCAGAUGAAACUCGUCCAUUUCUGAAAGACUUGCACAUUGACUUGGCAGUGGGAGAAAUUUAGCCUUUAGCCUCAGUGCUCGCUUGUAUGAAUUGCGUCUUGGCUCGGUCGUUCAUAGGUUGCCAUGGAGCAAUGCGCAGCCCCGCAGCUCGAGAGCGCUAGCUCGCGAUCUUUACCUCCAGACCCGGCAGGAAAGCCCGGAGGAGAUGCCGUGGAGACGGCUAAGGACGCUUACGAGUGCAGGAUUUGUGGUUAUAAAGCUCAAGAUGUUAAAUGCCUCAGCCAGCACCUGCACGCCGCCCACCCGGUCACCAGCCUGUGUAGUUCGGCGAUGAGCGAGAGACCUAACGUUAACGUUACCCGACCGCACAAGACCGUGUUGGGUCCGGACACACCGAGCGUUAACGGUGACUUGGGGAAGAGAAAUAAGCCAAUCACCCCUGAGGGAUCAGAAUCUGCUUCACUUCAGACUCCUGAUGACUUAAAUGAGACAUCGUCCUCAACAGAGGCUAGGGAACAAGAAGAGAAGAUGGACGACUCUCCUUCUCCUGAGGGAACGCAGAGCUCAUCCCCUGAAUUACCUCAGGAGAAGUCACCCUGCUCCUCAGGAGUCCAGAAGAGGCCAACGGUAACCUCCGGCACAUCGACCCACAACCAGGUCAACCUGGUCUGUCUUCCAUUGGUCUCUGAGGGGUUAAAGCUGAUCUGGGUGCGCUCUGAGCAGGUUCAUGAACUGGAUGCUGUGUCAGAACUCGUGGAAGCGUUUAAUUCAUUUCCAUACCCCACAUCACAGGAGGCGAGUGCUCUAGCACGAAAGUGUGCAUUACCGCCUGACCAAGUGAAAGCAUGGUUCAUGAUGCAACGGGUACGUUACGGAAUCAGCUGGGCUGAUGAUGACAUCCAGGAGACGAGACGCAAGCUGUGGCACAUUCAGAAAAAAGCAACAAGUGACGAGUGUGUGGAAAUCGAUGAUGAGGAGGAUUGUGUAGCGGUUGAUAAAACGCAAGCUGCGCAACAGGCUUUUAUUCCACCACCUGUGUCAAAUACCCAUGCAGAUCAGAGAGAACACAUACCUAAACCCAGCCAGACUGUUCCUCAUCACAUCACCACUGACCAAUCCCACUUGCGUUUCGGGCAGAAUAAUGCUUCCCAGUCCAAUAAUGGUGUUCAGCACUCUCUCCCUUCUAAUGUUGUGUACAAAAAUGGUGUGGGACACGCACCCCAAGUUCCUCAAGUUAACCCUGGCUUUCAAAGUGAAAGUAGAAACGCACCAACACAAAAUACUGGAGUCCAGCUGAUUGAUACUUUUGGACGUCCAUCAUAUGUGAUGACGAAUGAGCAACCAUCUGCGUUAUCAUACCCUGAGCUCCCUGAGCUGUCACAGUCACUACACUGCUUGCCUGGGAAAAAAUCCAAAGCGCAACUAAUGGCCCUGCGCCGCAGUUUCGUAAAUAAAUCCUGGCCCAGCGAUGGUGAGGUUCAGCGGCUCCAGAAAAUGACUGGACUCAGUCGGCGUGAAAUCCGCAAAUGGUUCGCGGACAGCCGCUAUCAGCUUCGGAAGAAUGGCAGAGCUUGGCUAAACAAGCUCGCGAAGCACAAUCGCUCAUUGCAACUGAUGCAAAAGGACAUUGAUGAUAUACCCAGUGUGGAUUUUGAUGAUAAUGACGAAGUUGACGACACUGAGGCUGGGUUUGAGGUUGAUGUGGAUGUGGCCGACGGUGAGGGGUCACUCAACCAAUCAAACGAGACCAAGGAUGAAGUAAGUGAUGAAGGCGGCGACAUGGAUGACGGCAGCACUUCCACGAAACCGUUAUCAGUUGAUGUUUCACCCUCACCUUCUCCUUCCCCAUCAUUCCGCCGCGGGCUAGUAGAACCCAACGUGCGACUCCGAAAGAAGACGAGGGAACAGUUGGAAAUGUUGCGGCAGAGUUUCCUUUGCUGCCAGUGGCCCACAAGUGAUGAUUACGAGAUCCUGCAGAAGAAGACAGGCCUGACGAGGACAGAGAUCAUCCAGUGGUACGGAGACACACGUUACCACGUUAAACACAAUCAGAUGCGCUGGAUGACCUCACAGGAGAGGGAGCGCAUCAUCGCCGCCAUAACGCAACAGCAGAAAAGAGGCGGGAAAUACUCGCGAGGAAGAAUCUCCUUUGAGAACUUGAGCUCCGGCUUGAGUGUGGGUGAUUCUGCGUUAAUUAACGGCAGCAGCACGAGCGGACCAGCAACAUGGAACGAAUUUUAUAAUGAAAGUGCCCCAAUUGAGCAUGAGGGUGAACUUUGACCUAAGAAGUGAAAUCUGCUUUCGAUGGCAUUUGUAGCUGUGCAGAUUGGUGGAAAGCG